AUUUAAUUAAUGGUGACUUUUAUGUGUUAUCAUUGUGAUCGUACUCUAACAAAACCUUAGGUUGAUAAACAUGUAAAAACUUAAUGCAGGAAACCACCUUCCUUAAUCUGCAUUGAUUGUAAGAAGAUGUUCAGUGAUAAUCAUGUUGAUCAUGUUUCUUGUUUGACUGAAAAAUAAUUAUAUUGGGGACCCUAUGCUAAUGUAUUAAUUUAUUAGAAUUCUAGGGGAAAAAACCUUAACAACAAUAGAAUAAUCCAAAAUAAUAGCAAAAUAAUUCCAAACAUAAGGAAUAAGAAAAUACAAAAGAAAGUGAAUCAAAACAAGAUUGGAAGGGAUGGAGAAAAUCUAUUGAUGAAUUUAUUAAAUAAAAUUAACAGGAAGAAUUUCGACUCAAUGAAGUGAAGGAAAAAUUAGUUUAAAGAUUUUUAUCUACUUUUCCAGAAUAUGAAAAGGAAUAAGCUGAACAAUUAUUUGAUGAUGCAGUAAAUAAAUUUUCUAUUUUAUUAAAUAGAUUAAAUAAAGCAGUAAAUAUUAAGUAGAAUAUGUGGGUUUUAUUGUAAAAAAAGUAAAAUAAGAAUGA